UUAGACUGCAGUGGAAGGUCCAAACAAACAUUUUCUUUACUCGUCUGCAAGUAGGUAUCGUCGUAUCGUGUUGUGGACGAAGACGAUAAAAAAAAUCUGACAGGACGUUAAAUUUGUCAAACAAAUAUGGAGUUAUUUCGCUUGAUGGUGGCGGUGAUUGGGGUCUCCGUAGCCUCGGCCUUUUUUUUCCGUAGCGGCACGCCAGUGGCCACAGCAGACGACAGAGAAGUGGAGGAGUCGUGUUUGGCCCUGGCUGACGCGGGAAGCUGUGAUUUCUACACCUGCUUCGAGCGCCGCCUGCCGUGUGGACGAGAGUGGUACAUCCUGAAAACUGGCCACUACUACUGCAACAAGAUGCAGAGACACAAGAACAGCUUUACGCCAGAGGGCCAAACUUUUAUUGACGACGCCCAGCGCUGCUUGACCCAGUCCUUGAAGGAAGUCUACAGGAGGGAAUACAUUGACUGUCACACUCUGGAACAUCAGGCAAUCGAAUCCAUAUCCACCUGCUUCAUAGAGAACGACUUCUGUGACGUGCUCCAGGCUAACGCCGACAAAUUCUUCCGUGUCUACGAGUUCUCAGACCUGUUUACACAGGGGGCCGGCAAAGUCUGGAGGCAGAUCGUCAGCCUAGCCACUAGGUGUGGUGAGCAGACCCUCAGACAAGUCUCGUCCGGCACCAUUGACAGGAUCUCCACCUUCUUCAACUCUCUGACCAGCAGCUCGAGGAAAUAAAAUCUUGGGACACGGACAGACACAGAAACAAUGUCACAAAUUGUAGCACGUGGAAUAGUUUCUGCUUGUAAAUAAAACAAUUGUAUCGUU